GACCGUGUAAUCAGCUGGUGGGUGUAAACAACGCCGGGACGACAACAACACACACCGCGGACGCUCUCGAUUUUGUUUUUUCCAGCUAGUAAAUAUGUUCCCAGCUGGUGCAGAUGACGACGAUGAUGAUUUUGUUCCGUCGUCCAGCUCAAGAUUAUCAUCAUUAUUUGGUAGCAGCACAACAAGCAAGUCCUCCAACUUGAAGUAUGUUGCUCCUAAGCAGCCUCGACCAGAGAGGAGUGACUCAGCAAGUAGUGGAAGCGGAAGUGGAAAGAAUAACUCCCCUUCACCAGGCCCACAGCAGUCCAAAACACAAGCUCCUGCAGUGUUGGUUGCUACCCCAGUCCAUGCAUAUUUGUAUGUGAAUAGUGUGGCCCAACCUCAAGGUCGUGUUAUGUGUUGUGUCUUGGGAAACUACGCUGAGAAUAGUUUCCAGCUGCUUCUUUAUCGUUCAAAGCAGGAUCAUCUUACAAGGGCUAGGAUUCAUCAUCAGUUUAAUUUCACGGUUGAUAUUAAUUUGAUACCACAAUGGCCUUUGUCUGCCCAUUCCUCAAAAGAUCAUGUUCACUGUGAUUUUAGUAUGUAA